AUGUUCAAAAAGGAUCUUCCGCCCGCGCCGCGGCAAAAACUCAAGUCGUCCGUUCAACGGUCACUCCGUCAGUCGCUGCUGUCCAGCUACCCACUCCUCACACCUUAUGCGGACGAGAUCCUCCCUAAGAAGGCGUCCCUGCAGUCCAUAAAGCUGCCCGAUCGCGCCGUCCUUUACGUCCUCGACUCCGAACCCCUCUUCUUCGAGUCGGGCAAGCCAGGCAGCGACAUCCCCCUGCUGCCCCAUCUGCGUCUCGUCCACCGGUUUCCUCAUGCCUUCCCCAGCAUCCGCAUCGACCGCGGUGCUAUCCGCUAUGUCCUUGGCGGCGCCACGCUGAUGGCCCCUGGGCUGACGAGCCCCGGCGGCCGGCUGCCACAGCCGCACGACAUUGAGCCGGAGCAGGUCAGCGCGGACGGCCACUGGAGCCGGGAGCUCAAGAAGGGCGAGCCGGUGGUUAUUACUGCCGAGGGCAAGGAAGAGGCGUGUGCUGUGGGCCUGUUGGUGGCGGACACGAAGGAGGUCAAGGACAAGGGCAAGGGCCCCGUGGUGGAGGAUGCACACUACCUGGGCGACGGCCUGUGGCGGCUACCGCUGGACUGA